AUGUCCCUGGGGCUAGAAAGUCCAGCUAGACGGGUGGGGAGCCUCGCCCUGUGCCCUUUGACUCCACUUGUAGGUGCUCUUGCUGGGCUCCUGUGCACUGCCCCACACCCUGCUCUGUCACCAGCCCCACUGAGAAGUCAUAAGAGCCCAGCUGCCCAGUGCCCCACCUGGCUACAGACUAUCAGCUCGAAUAUCCCGAACUCGAGCGCCCAACUACGGGACCUGCCUCCUCUGGUCUGGAGGCCCCCCUCAAGGGAGAAACCCGUGCUAUCUCCACACCACUUCGCACGCGUCAGGACCGUGAGGAUCCCUCGUCUAAGACUUAAGUUUCCCCUGAAACUGCCUUCGCUACAAGUGCCAGCCCCGAUCCUGAAGACGGAGGCGAGGGCAGAAGAAGAGCCAGAAGAACCAAUGGAGGUGGACGAUCAGGGCCAUGGAGUACCCAGCGCACACAGCCCUGCAGGAGGCGUCCUUCCCUUUGGGAAGCCUGACCCAGCUCCAGCAGUGCUCCCUGGCCCGGUUCCCGGCUGCUCCCAUUGGCCAGACAAGGCGGCCUCUCAGCUGCUGGGGAAAGGCAACCUGCCCAGCUCCUCAGGCUUGCAGAUGAGGGGGAAGGAGACCCAGCGCAAGGAUGCUGAAGCUCUAGGAGCAAGCAGCUCUUCACCACCCAGAGCUGCCAGCGACAGUUCCCAACAACCAAAAUGGUCAGGGCAACCCCAGCAGCUGCCACUGGUCCCUCCCGAGCAAUGGAGGUGGGAGAGAGACGUGGGGCCCUCACCCGCUAAACGUCCCCGCCUAUCCCUGGAAGGAUUCACGGACAACAUGGGGGCAUCAGGGAGAUUACAAUCAAGGAGACUGAAAAAGCGACAUAGGAGGAUAAGGAAGAGGUGGUAA